CUGCUCAAAUAGUAAGACCUUCCUCAUCAAUACCUAUCCACUCUCGGAUCAGAAUCAACUCAGAAGAAUAUGACUGUCGGAAUCGUCACCUUCUCCUUCUUUAUCUUCGAUCGCCGUCGAAUUGCAGCCGCCAGACGCCGUUCUUCGCCGGCCAUCCUCCCCUGCUAUUUGACCACGCCGGCGUCGCGCAAGCCAGAGCCUCCUCGCCGCUGCUUCCUUCGCCAGAGGUCCGCCGUCAGCAUCAGCACCGCCGACGACGGUUCACCUCGUCGUGCUGCCGUUCGUCGCCUCCACUGCCAGCGUCGGUCGUCCUCGUCAUCGAGCUGCAGCUCCGCCAAUCGCCGCUGUUUCGCCUUCGCCGGAAGUCCGCCGCUCAUCACCGUCGAGCGCCGCCAGUCGCCUCCAGCCGUCGCCCUUAGCUCAGGAUUAAUGCAGGGCGAGGCUGCCAAGAUUAUCACAACCGAGUACGAUUUUGAAGAGUUCACAAACCUCUAUAACCAAAAAGAAGCCUUUUACAAGGCUCGAUGUUCUGAACCCGACCGCAAAAACGAAUUGAGCAUCAGAGUUACUGGGCCCAAGAGGGGGUUACACGGCUUUAGUCACACUCUUCCGUUCGUUUCUCCUGCCCUGUUCCUGUUCGACCUUCCCCUUCCCCAAGCGUCGUCCGUUCGUCCGUCAGCAGCCGCAGGAACGCCGCCGAGCGCCGUCUCCGACCGUCUCCCCUUCCCGCCGGCGUGCGCGAGCUGCGACGAAGGCAGCAGCGAUUUUUCCCUCCUUCCUCUGGUUCGGGCCUUGUGGAGCAUGCUUGCAAAUCCAGUGUCCUAGGGUUCAAAACUUACGUACGGGAGUCACUGUCCUACCUAAGGGAUUCCUUGGUAGGGACUCCAACCCGCCCAUUGAGGAUUCUCUUUGGGUUUGUCCGAGCAUUGGCCUCGAGGGAUCUGCUCGAGUGUCCGUAACUCUAGUCUGUUGUAUUUAGCCUUAGUGUUGUAGGGACAGAAAUAGCCUUGGGAAUAGGUGAAUUGGAACUGUUGGAUCCUUGUACCUAAAAAUAAAUGUUGUUUGUUCACUGAUGUUGCUGAUUAUAUAAAUGGGAUACUAUCUG